CAGCGGCACCACUCGACUCAACAGGCAAUUACAAUCCACAUGGUUUUGUUGUGAUAUCUUGAAAUUGUUUUCAGAGAAAUCAUGGAAAAUGAGGGAAAAAAGUGGUUUGAAGAGGUGAAAAAGUACAAUUCCGGUGAAAUUGUGGAGUUGAGUGAGGAGGAACUCAGCGAACUCACAUCAACGUGCGAAUCAACAUUCAACAAGAAUUUCAACAAUCUUCAGAAAAAGAAUCCAUCUGAUGCUAAAUGGCUUCAGACAGCUCUGCAUCGUGGAACUUUGAGAGAUAGAGCCAAUGCAGGAACGCUUCUGUUUCAGAGCAAUCCUCUGGGCAAUUUGUCAGCUCUGGAUGUCCUCAUUGGGCUCACAAAAGCCGCAAAUAAGUCCAGUGUAGAUGUAGUUGAUGUCAUUACAGAUCUCUUUAUGUCUUCCAUUCUGCCGAGCAAUAGAAAACUCAUUGCAAUGGAUCAACGUGGAAGUGAUUGGAAGAAUUUGAAAGGAGAUAAGAACCUAGAGAAAAGUUUCAUGGAGAAGGUUUACACGUACUGGCAUUUUGAGGCCGAACUGAAGCAGCGUUAUUUCACAUUUCUGCAGAACUUGGAGGGUAUUCUGAAAAGUGGUCAGGAAGUUCAUAAAUGUUUGGCUAUUGUUUGUGCUGCAAAGCUCCUGAUUCACAGUCCUGAGAAGGAAGCAAUGUUGCUGUCGAUGAUUGUAAAUAAAAUGGGAGACCCAACGGUGAAGGUAGCUGCAAAGGCACAGUAUCAUCUCACAGAAGUGGCCAAUAAGCAUCCAAAUAUGUGUGGGGUGAUUGUCAAGGAAGCUGAGCGAGUUAUCUUCCGGCCAAACAUUUCAGAACGCGCACAGCAUGUCACUCUGACGUUCUUGGCUGAAAUAGCUACUUUGUGUUCUGUGGAAGUGGCCCGGAAGCUCACAAACAUUUGCUUCUCCUUCUUCAAAAUCCUCGUGGACAAGGGCAUGGUCAAUAAUCGGACAAUGCAGGCUAUUCUGCGGUGUCUCAGGAGAUCUGUUGCAGCUGCAGCUGAAGACAAUAAAGCCACCAUGAAUCCCCUUAGCGAAGAACUCCAGAACAUCAUCUAUCGCUUGAUCCAUUUUGCUGAGAUCCGGAUUGCCAUCCAGGCUCUUGGGCUGUUGCUCCAAGUCAUGAUCACCUGUGCAAGUAUCAAACGGGAUCGCUUCUACACAGCUCUCUACCGGAAAAUUGUCUCCAUGGAGCUCACGACAAUGACACACAAAUGGUCAGCGCAGUUUCUCUACAUUGUUCAUCGAGCUGUGGCCAUUGAUCAUGAUAUCCCACGAGCUCAGGCUUUUCUUAAGCGUCUUCUGCAGAUCACUUUCUACCUCCCAUCCCAAAUGACAUGUGGAGUCUUUGUGAUAAUCCAAAAAAUCCUGCAGGAGCGUCCGGAACUCAAUAGAAUCCAAGAGAAGCCCACAGCAGAAGAUAUUGCAAAGAAUAAGGCCAAGGCGCAGCUCUACGAUAGCGAUUCUGAGCACUAUUCCGAUGCAGAUGAAGAUUCCUCGCAGAAGCCCAAGAAACUGACUAAGAAAAAAUCCAAAAGCAGUGAAUCAUGGUGCCAUGUUGAUAUCAAUGGGAUCAAGAAGGAGGAUGAGGAGAAAAAGCCAAAAAUCAAUAGGCUACCGCUCAAUUACGAUCCAUUCUACAGGAAUCCAGCUGGAGCUGGAGCACAGUAUGAGCCUUUUGUGGAAUUACUGAGAUUCUCAGAGCAUUUUCAUCCCACUGUGCAGAAGUUCGUGGAGUGCGUCUUGGAAAGACGCAAGAAUACUUACUACGGAGAUCCUCUUGUAGAUUUUUCUCUGACACAAUUUCUCGAUCGGUUUGCUUUUAAAAAUCCCAAAAAGAAGAGUGACAAAGAGGUGCAUUCAGUUGUACAGAAAGCUUAUCAGAAGAGUCGUGAGUACAAGCCAUUGGGAAGUCGAGGGCAGCCAAUUAAGGCAAUAUCUGAGGAAAAUUGUACGGAAAAUGAAAGAUUCAUCUUUGAAUUUCUCAAAAAGCGCCGAGAAUUGCGUGGAGCAGAGGAGGAGGAAGGCUCAGAAUCUGAUGGAUCGGUUGAUGAUGAUGAAUUUGAGGCAUAUCUCGAUAGUUUGGGCCCCAAGACAUCUGAAAAGAAUCUGGAUGUUGACUAUAUGAAGGAAUUAAAUGAGGGAGAGGUGAAGAAGGGGAAAGGAAAGAAGAGGAAAUCCGAAGGAGAUGAAGAGAGUGAUGCUGAAAAGGAAGAAAAUGAUUGGGAAGACGCAGGAGGAUCGGAUAUUGAUAAUUCUUCUGAUGAUGAUUUAUCACUGGGUGAUGAUAGUGACGAUUUGGAUGAAGCAAUGGAAUUCUCUUCAAGUGAUGAAGAGGAUGAGUCUGGAGAUGAAAGUGGGAAGAAGGGCAAAACACUGAAGAUGCUGAAUGAUAAGGAAUUCAGGAGAAAGUUGAAAGAAAAAGCGGAUAUGUCUUCACUGUUUGCGGCUGCGGAUGAUUUUGCUGAUAUUCUCGAGGAGAGUAGUAAAUUGAAGAAUCACGGAACUCUCGGGGAAAUAGCCAACAAGGAUAAAUCUUCGGAAAAGCAAAUGCAGUGGGAGCAAACACGCAACAAGAACUCCAAAAAGAGAGCCUUCAAAGCCCAUAAAAAGUUUAAGCCCAGCGGAAAGGUCGGCAAGAAACGAAAGUAAGUAACUAUUUUUUUAAGUAAAUUUUGUUAUUUACUGAAUAAAGAAAUUUUAAUGGAGUAA